AAGUGAACCGAAACGAUUUAGUUUGAAACGGAACGCAGCUUAGUUUCAUUCGUCCGUCCAUCGUGACUAUCCUCGCUACUGAUAGUAUAGAGCAGACCCAAUCUAUCUAUCAUACAAGGAGUGACAGUCAGAGAAAGCUGAACUAUCUCAAAUAGACUUUUCCACAAUCGUGUGUUUGAACAUUGACGAACAUAUCCGUUCUUGAAGUGCCAAUAGACAUCCGAUGAACGACUCGAGCCACCGCCAGUCCAUCUACAGCCAGGGAUCAAGCAACACGGAACUUUCGAACCGCUGCAAGGAAGUCACCCACCAGUCAGGGAUCAUCAUCAUUGGCGGUGGAAGUGCUGGUUGUUUACUGUUUAGUGAGAAAUUCGGUUGAGCUCGGAAAGCAGGAGGCAUCACACCACAAGCGAUACGACGCAGUCUCCUGCCGUUGAAGCCCAGGGAUAGUCGUCGAUGCCCUGCCGGGACAAUCGUUUGCAAUUAACCCCACCAUCGGCGGCAUAAUUCAGGCGGCGUCGAACGGGCGACAGAAGAUGACAGUGUUCUUCCCGCUGGCCGGCCUUGGUUUUCGCCAAUCUGCGUGGUGCAACUUCUCAGAAAGUUUAGAUUUGCUCUAGAGAAGGGUGUGUAGUUCCUCGAAGCCGUAGAUAGUUUCCCAAACUGUGAUAUUUUAAUACAUGCAAGCACCAUUUGUGACAAAUCGGAAAUAUUUUCAUUGCUUUUUAUCUUAUUGUACCACCUAAGUCCAAACCAAGAAGUGAGUGCAAAUAUAUGUACCAGUACUGUUGAUGCUGAUUGUUGGUGCUGAAAGUGAAUAGACCUCAACAGACAGAAGCAAAGUGCAAAUUGAAGCGCGUUCGUUUAUAACAACCCAUCUCUCAGUGAACAAAAGUGUGUCAAAACUGGAUGUAGAGACUUGCUGCUGUUGAUCGUUCUGACAAACUGAGCCUUAGAACAGCACGCACAAGCCGGACAGGCAGAGUGUAAAUAAAGUAGCAGCUGAAAUAGGAGAAAAACAGCGAUAAAAUGACGGGAAUGGAAAAUGCAGCCCUCGUAGAAAAGGGCCCAGUACCCAAGAUUAUAACCACCAACGAAAAGGGCGCCGUUACGCUGCCGAAUCUCGAAGGCCAACCAGACAAAAGCGAACGGGGCAAAGCCAUGCGCCAGGUGAUCGCCGCCUUCAUUGCCAACAUUGGAACCAUCAACACUGGUUUGAUCUUCGGCUUCUCGGCCGUUGUCAUUCCGCAACUGCACGCCCCGGACACGCUGAUCCCAGUGGACGAAAGCCAAGCAUCGUGGGUCGCAUCUCUAUCAGCGAUCGGAACACCCAUCGGGUGCCUUCUCAGUGGCUACGUAAUGGACAACUUUGGACGCAAGAAGGCCCUACUGAUAACGGAAAUUCCCAUGAUAAUCGGCUGGAUCAUCAUAGCGUGCGCCACCAACGUGGAAAUGAUCUAUGCGGGACGUAUUCUGACCGGGUUCGGUUCCGGUAUGGUUGGAGCCCCGGCCCGUGUUUACACAUCGGAAGUAACGCAACCCCACCUUCGAGGAAUGCUUUGUGCACUGGCAUCAACGGGCAUCAGCUUAGGGGUACUGUUUCAGUACACUCUGGGAGCGGUGACCACGUGGAAGAUCCUCUCGGCUAUUUCCGCUUGUGUUCCGGUGUUGGCCUUUGCACUGAUGUUGUUCAUGCCGGAGACCCCAAAUUAUCUCGUAUCCAAGAACAAACCGGAUCAGGCACUAAAGAGUUUAGCCAAACUGAGAGGUUCCACGUACAACCUGGAGAAAGAAGUUACGCAACUGCAAACGUUUGCCCAGAAAAGUAACCAAAAGAAGAAAAUGUCGCCGAAAGAGACGAUCCAAGCUCUACUGCAUCCAUCCUGCCUGAAGCCUUUUGGAAUUUUGACCCUCUACUUCAUGAUGUACCAGUUCAGCGGCGUCAACACAAUCACCUUCUACGCUGUGGAGAUUUUCCAAGAUUCUGGCACCACAAUGGAUAAGUACACGUGUACUAUAAUGCUUGGAGUUGUUCGAUUCGUCUUCACAAUCUUGGCCGCAAUAUUGCUCAGAAGGUGUGGUCGGCGUCCAUUGACGUUCAUUUCUGGCAUUGGAUGUGGUGUCACGAUGAUUGGUUUAGGAACGUACCUGUACUACAAGAAGACCUGGGAAAUGGCCGUUCCUCCGAUCGCCCCCACUGCAACAUGGUUCCCAGUAGCAUGUAUCUUCAUAUUCACCAUCACCUGCACACUUGGCUUCCUGGUAGUACCAUGGGUCAUGAUCGGAGAGUUGUACCCAAUGAAGGUGCGGGGAAUCGUAGGAGGAUUCACGACCUGUAUGGCGCACAUAUUUGUUUUCAUCGUCGUCAAGACUUAUCCAUUCCUGGCCCACUUGCUCGAGAGGCACGGGGCUUUCAUUCUGUACGGAUGCAUCUCGUUUUUGGGGACGGUCUUCUUCUACCUCUGCCUGCCGGAGACCAAGGGCAAAACGUUGCAAGAGAUCGAAGACUAUUUCUCAGGCCGCAUCAAAUCGCUGAAGAAAUCCAAACAACAGGAAGCCGAGGGCCAACAACUCAAUAACAACUCCAAGCCUCAACUGCUGACGGUGGAGAAGAACAAGCUGCUUCCGUAAGUGCCUGGCUUGGCUGGUUCCAUUGCCGCCUGCUCACGGGCUUCUUCAGUCAGUGUGCCAUACGAGGAAACGAGAAGUAUUUUUAUUUGUUUGAUACGGAAACUGGAAGUGAUAAAUAUUUCUUCCUUCUUUUGCUUUGUUCACACAUUACGAUUUGUCGAAAUUCGUUUCAGAAGAAUUUUCAAAUUAGACAAAGCGGUACUAUUUUCUUAUAUACUAUUAGUUACCUCUUGUUGGUCUAUAUUAGAUUUUAUGUGUUAGAUUUUUUUUCUCAUUUCUUAUAGUAUUAUUUAAGCACUUGACUCUUUGAAAGACUAAAAGUGGCCAUUUUGUUUCUUCUGUGUAUCGCUUUUUCUUUAUCUUGACAAUAAUUGUACUGAAACAAAUUUAUAUUCUUGAUAAAAUAUUCACAGAUAAUAAAACCGCACAUGUUUUACUUUGUACACCAAUCGUAAAUAAGGAAAACAAAUCUCUGAGAAUGCUCAGUUUGAUUUAAAAUCGGGUUUGAAUGCGAUUUCAAAAAACAUAAACAUUGAGACUAUAUGAUCUGAUUCAAACAAGAAACAAUCACAAUCUACUCCAACUAGAUAGAAUAAGAAACUCAGGAAACCAACGGACCAUAAAGUGCUUUAAAGACAGCGAGAUGAUAAUGCUUGAGCGAGCGUGUGUGAAUUAGAAUGUGACAAAAUGAGAAAUCACUCGCGUAAUGGUACGCGAUAUAUCAGAUCGCCAUUAAACUAUGUAGUUCUGUCAAUGUGAUAGCGGACCUCAACUUACACCGAAAAGAGUAAAUAUCAUAUAAACCAACGUUUACUCAAUAGAUAAGAAAGAUAUCAAAUUAUGAUUAGCUAGAGUUAGUACUUAAUCAUUAAGUCUGCCCCUCUGCAUUAGUCAGAACUUGGAUGAGAAACAGAUAGAAGGACAUUACUGCUGGGUGCAUGAUGUACUUACUGUGGCGUAGAUGAGUAAAAGUUCCAUGCGAUAUAAUUACACACCUUCUCGGUAAGGUUUCUGAUACUGAACUAGAAAAAAAAUGAUACCGUAAUAAACCGUUCAAAAGACAAUUUUUUCUAAGAAAAAUCGAAAUUUUAAUCACACAUAAAUUGUUAUCCGAUAGCCCAUGUGUUUCAAAUCAUUGCUUGUGGAAUACAAAAUUUCUGCCUGCGUAGUUACAA